UUGGGGGCUCUGUUUCCCACCCAGGAGAGGCGAGAUUUCCUUCCGAGCUGCUCCGACCCGGCUUCGAUCCAUGUCUUUCAGCCAGGCCUCCAGGGAUGGGGUGGCUUCUGCCCUGGCUUCUAGCGGCAGCAACGUUGUGGAGCGGAGUGAUGCAGGCCGUCGUCGGGAACAGGGGGACCCCGGCCCCCAUCCCCGGGCCCACGGCCUCUCCGUCCCCGCGCCCACAAUACUGCAAGUGGCCCUGUGAGUGCCCGGCGGUGGCCCCCCGCUGCGCCCCUGGCAUCAGCCUGGUCACCGACGGCUGCGAGUGCUGCCCGGUGUGUGCCCAGCAGCUGGGAGCCCCCUGCAACGAGGCCGCCCUCUGCGACCGCCACCGUGGCCUCUACUGCGACUACAGCGCAGACGCCCCGAGGUACGAAAUAGGAGUGUGUGCACAUGUGGUCGGCGUGGGCUGCGUCCUGGACGGGGUCAGGUACCGGAAUGGACAGUCCUUCCAGCCCAACUGCAAAUACAACUGCACCUGCCUCAACGGGGCGGUGGGCUGCGUGCCCCUCUGCCUCGGCUCCCGGCCUCCCCUCGUCUGGUGCCCUCAGCCCCGGAGGGUCCGGCUGGCCGGCCGCUGCUGCGACCAGUGGGUCUGUGAUGACGGGAAGAAGCUCCGCAGGGCGUCCCCUCGCCACGUCCCGGCUCCCGCCUACGAAGGAGACGGCGGGCUGUGGCAGCAUAACUGCAUGCCCCACACUUCCCCCUGGAGCCUCUGUUCCCGAAGCUGCGGGAUGGGAAUCUCCACCAGGAUCUCCAAUGCCAACGAGCGGUGCCAGCUGACGACGGAGAGCCGGCUCUGUAAUCUGCGGCCCUGCCAGGGCGGCAUCGCCAGGCACAUCAAGCCGGGGAAGAAGUGCUUGGCCGUCCACCGGCCUGAAGAGCCCAGGAACUUCACCAUCUCUGGCUGCGUGAGCAGGGACACGUACAGGCCCAAGUUCUGUGGCGUAUGCACUGAUGGCCGCUGUUGCACCCCGUACAAGUCCAAGACCAUCAACGUCAGUUUCGUGUGUCCAGAUGGGCCCGGGUUUUCCUGGAAAGUCAUGUGGAUCAACGCUUGCUUCUGCCACCUGAGCUGCAAAAACCCCAACGACAUCUUCGCCGACCUGGAACACUACCAUGACUAUUCCGAAAUCGCCGACUAGCUGGCCCGAGGGCUGCCCGCUCCGGCCUGGGGCUCGGGCUCAGUCCCGAUGGCGGGGUUUUGGGGGGCCGAGUCGGUGCGUCUCUGACCACGACACACCCGCCACAGCUCUUUCCGGGACAGCGAGGCUCAGGGUGGUCUUCCCAGCCCACCCUUACAGGGAAGAGCCACUUUUCCGAGACACCGGCUGGACCACUGGGGUCACCAGGAGCCAGGAAGGCCACCGGGUAAUGGCCCUUUGGCCGGGGCCCGUAGUCCUAUCUGGCAAUUUUAUUUUCCCAGCGCAUGUGAUGGCAAUUCAGAUUCCGGUGCUGCCAGCAUGCCUCGGUGCCGGGGAAAUCAUCUCGGGGUCAGUCUCCCCCUCUGCCUUUCCAGGGCCAUCCCUGGGGGUUAGUGGGAACCAGAACCAGCCAGCCUGGGCAAGUCAUCCCUGCCAUGGUGGUGGGGAGGGGAACGUGGGGGACUGAAGGAGUGGAUCGCCCCGCUGGCAUGUUCUUUAGAUGGUGCCUCAAAGAGCGGAUAGAAUCUGUGGGGGCCAGGGAUCUUCUGGGUGCCCACAGGCUCAGACUCCCAGCUCUCCAACAGGGAGUGGAGGCGAUCCCUGAAGCUCAGGGUGUAGGAAGGCCAUUCUGGUACAACCCAGGCUAAGAGUGGGCUUGACCACUCAAAUCAGCUUCCUGUGAUGCUUCGGGAGGCUGAGUGGCUGUAUUGGCAUUUAGACCAAGCAAAACUGUGCCUACCACAGUCAGAGUUUGGAUCCCCUUAGCUGAGAGAUCUGGGGGUGAGUGGAAUGUGCACAGAGAAGGGUGGAGGGGUGGGCAGGCCACAGAAGAUGUGAAACCAGUCUGCGCCGGUGGGGCUUAUGGAAAUUUUCUGAGCCAAGCAGAUCAUGUAGCAUUGGAACUGAGCUGGAACAUCAGGUUGAAUGUGAGAGUGAGAGUCUUCUGGCAGACGCCUGGCUAGGGGAAAGAGCAGAGGACUGGGAAUCAGGAGA